AUGUCCUGCGGCCUGGUGGUUGACAUCCCCAGGACCACAACGGAUGGUCUGCCACAACGUACGCCAUCAUUGCCUUCCACUGCAUUCCUCAAGCUCUUUGACCGUCGGCACGCCCCACGGUUCCGCGACGACUUCUGCGUGCAACCCUACGCACAAGGCAUGGAGGAGGCUUGUGUCAAAUUCGUUCAAUCAGGCGAAGCCGACAGAUUCUUGUCACGGCUCAAGACCGACUCGGACCUGGCUGAGAAGGAAGGAGGAGACUGGGACGAUGCAGAAUGCGAAGCGUACCUGGCCAGCGAGGCCAUGCAGCUGCGCAACACCGAGAUGGCCAUCUAUGACGUUCUGAAGCCACUCCAAGGAAAACAGAUCCCGCGUGUCUUGUCUGGGGUCACACUGGACAUUGAUCCGAGAUCGCACGCAAACGUCACCGCCUCGAAUGGUGCAGGGGCUGUGGCGGUUGCAGCAUCCCAUCCUACGCCGAGCUCUGCGGAACCAAACUACGUGUUCCACGUCCACGGCUUGCUCCUAGAAUACCUCGAAGGCUUCACCAUGGCUGAAUUGGUUAAACACGCCCCACAAUCUGCGUGGCAGAACGUUGUGGAUCAGGCCGUCGAGAUCGUGAGAAAACUCGAUGAAUAUAACAUUCUCAACGAAGAUGUACGGCCGGAAAACUUCAUGGUGGUCAAAACCAGCCAGGAACAAGGUGGCACCAAGCACCACGAUUGCACAUCCUGCGCCGCAUCGGGCUAUCAUGUCUACAUGAUUGAUCUGGCCAUGUGUCGGAAGCGUGGAGAGGAUGAGUCCGACUCCGAGUGGGGAAGGGACAAGUGCGACCAAGACGAGGAGGGAGCGGUUGGAUAUGUCAUGAGGACCAUAUUGGCCAGAGAGAAAUUCAUGUUGGACUUCGUAAAUUCUAGGCAGUACAGGGGGUUCGCCAAAUACGAAACAUAG